UGGGGAAAAUGUAAAAGACCCAGAAGGGACAUACGAGCCUGAAAACUCGCCCCUCUGAUCAACUUAACUGUGUUAAGGAUUUGACUUACGAUCAUUUUAUUAUUUUUCUACGUACACCUGUUCCAGACUAUUUUCACUUUGCAUGAGAUUUCUCCUGGCCUAAACUUGUAGCCACAAUGGCAUCAAAAGCCUUAUUAAAGGCUUUUUGCCUCUGUGUGAUGUUUUAUGCGUCAACAGAUGCAAGGUAUCCGAAUCUUAGGAGAGCUAAGCGAGCGGAUCAGCUACCGGACGCAUGCCAGACUCCUCCAGCACCAACACAUGGGAACGUGGAGUGCAGCUUCGCAGACGCCCUACAGCUCGACGUGUAUUGUGUUUUUAAAUGUGACCAAGGAUACAAGUUUGAAGGCACAAAAGAAACAGACAUUCUUUUCAUUUGUGAUGCUGCUGCAGGCUUUUACGAUGAUCCUAAGACACCACCUUGCAUACCCAACUGUGAUCCUCCAUGCCUCAAUGGUGGUGAAUGCACAGGACCAAAUACAUGUCUCUGUGUACCUCCUUUCUAUGGAGACCAGUGUUUACACAGUCGGCAGUUGUGUGAAGAUCCUAAACCACCAAGAUUUGGUACCAUGGAGUGCCAACCAGAUGGAAAUGGUGGAAAGAUCUGUGUGCCUGUCUGCUUUCCAACAUUUGUGUUUGAGAGACCACCUCCAGCUCAGUAUGUCUGUGGGAAGGAUGGAACCUGGUCCCCUGAUGUAAACUUGGUGCCAGACUGCUCGCAAGAGGUUGAGCACACAACUACGUCAGCACCUCGAACAACUACUGUUCCAAAAGUUGUAAGUGAGGCUAUGUGUGGUGCUUGGGGCACCAAUCACUACCGCACAUUCGACAAUAAAGUUUACACUUUUGAGGGCCGCUGUAGAUACACACUUGUUUAUAUGCCCAAUCAAUAUGAGAUAAUGGUUCGCAAUAACCCAGCCUGCAGUGGAAGCACAUGUGAGAAGCAGAUUGAGAUCUAUCAGGGUGGAAACAGAAUAUUUUUCCAUGUUGGACCCAAUGGCCCUGAGAUUAAGUGGAAUGAUCAAGUAUUAGAAAUACCAGGAUUCCGUGAAGGUUCUGUGUUUGAAAAGGUCGGAGGUUAUAUCACUUUUGCCAGCUCUCUUGGGUACAACAUUAAAUGGGAUGGUAAACAGUCUGUCUUUGUCAAGGUAUCUGAUGAGGUGAAAGGAAAAGUGAGUGGUCUCUGUGGUAGAUAUAAUGGAAAUCCUGCAGAUGAUUUUGAAACACAAGCAGGACAAGUAGUGACAAAUGUAGCAACCUUUGGAUCAAGCUGGAAGAAAACUGAAAUAGGCGAUGACUGCCCUGAUGUUCAGCAACCACCAGGAUGUGAAAAACAAAGUGCAACAGUUGUACAAAAAGCUGAUAGCAUGUGUAACACCAUACAGACUGACCCAGCCUUUGCCCCUUGCCAUCAGACUGUUGAUCCAGCCCCUUUCAUUGAGUCUUGUAAAACAGACUGCUGUAACGCUGGCAGCACAGAAAGCUGCAUGUGUGCCACCAUGGAGGCCUAUUCUCGCUCUUGUCUGGACAAGGGAAUCAAAUUAACAUGGAGAAACCCUGGACGUUGUGAGAUCACCUGCACUGAUGGGAAGGUGUACAAAGAAUGUGGGAGCACAUGUGUCAAAGACUGCACCAACGUCAACUCAGUUUGCACUGACCCAACCUGCAUCGACGGCUGUUUCUGUCCAGAUGGGCAGGUGUUGAACAACGGGAAGUGUAUCGAAACCAAUCAGUGUCCUUGUGAGCACAGUGGCGUACAGUACGUGGAAGGGGAUGUCAUCCCAGAGAAGUGCAACAACUGCACCUGCCAAUCUGGCACAUGGUCCUGUACCAGAAAAACCUGUGACAAGACAUGCUCAGCCACAGGAGACCCUCACUACGAGACCUUUGAUGGAAAACGAUACAACUUUAUGGGCACAUGCUCCUACUACCUCAUGAAAGACAGGGACUUCAGUAUCAUUGUGGACAACAUUCAGUGCGGCCAUGGAGAGGCCUCAUGCACUAAAUCCCUGAGUAUUGACAUGAAUGGGUUGAAUAUAAAGCUGGACCACAACCACCAGUUGUUUAUAAAUGGCAUUGAAAUUACAUCACUCCCAUACAUCACACCUGAUAUUAAAGUCACUAUGGUUUCCUCUCUAUUCAUGCAAGCUACUCUCAGUAAUGGCAUCAGUAUUCUGUGGGAUGGCCGUACUCGCGCUUACAUCAAGGCCCCUGCAGAAUUUAUGGGCAAAACCAUUGGUCUGUGCGGAACCUUUGAUGGGAACCAGAACAAUGACUUUAAGACCCUGGAGGGCAAUGUUGAGACCAACCCCAAUGUGUUUGGGAACAACUGGAAGACGGAGAGCUCCUGUGCUGACAUGCCCACCACCAUCCAGACAGAUCCUUGUGAUGCCAACCCUCAGAGGAAAGAUCAAGCCAUCCAGCUGUGUAGCCAACUGAAAAGUGACAUCUUUAAACCCUGCUUCAAUGUGGAGGAUGUAACAGCAUACUAUGAAGACUGUGUUUAUGAUUUGUGUUCCUGCACUGAAAACAUGAAAGACUGCAUGUGUCCCAAUAUUGGAAGCUAUGCAGACACUUGUGCUACAAAAGGAGUGAAAAUAAAUUGGCGUCUGCAAAUUCCAGAAUGCAUCCUGCAGUGUCCAGCUGGUCAAGAGUACACAGUCUGCUCAAAGCCUUGUGAGCGCACAUGUAGGGAUAUUGCUGAGAACAAUGAUGACCUGUGUGAUGCCAAAUGUGUGGAAGGCUGCAACUGUCCACCUGGACAGACGCUGAAUGACCAAUCACAAUGUGUGCCCAUGUCAGAGUGUCCUUGUAUUUUUGAUGGAAGAACCUACCCUGCUGGCUAUACAACUCUUAAGGGAAAUGAAAUUUGUGUCUGUGAUGGAGGCAAAUUUUCAUGUUCCAAGAUAACAAUAAACACUGCUGAAAAUCUAGUCAACGCCAAGAAUAUUUGUCAGAACGACUCAGUCUACACAGACUGUGCAUCCAAUUGCCCUCCGACCUGUGAAAACAUGGCAGCACCACCUACCUGCAGUAGUGCUAAUUGUAAAGCAGGUUGUGACUGUAUCUCAGGCUAUGUGUUGGAUGGUGACAAGUGCGUUAACUCUUCCUUGUGCCCCUGUCAUCAUGCAGGAAAGCCUUAUUAUGAAGGAGAAACAUAUUUCCAGGACUGUAAUGAAUGCACCUGUGUUGGCCGCAGAUGGCAGUGCACACAGAGAAACUGUCCUUCCAUCUGUAGCUCCUAUGGAGACUCACACUACACAACUUUCGAUGGUGUACCUUACGAGUUCCAAGGUGCUUGUGAUUACGUACUGGUGCAGUCAACCCAAGACAGCCCGUAUAAAUAUGUGAUCACUACCCGCAAUGCACAGUGUGGCACACAAGGUGUGACUUGUUUCAAACAGUUGGAGUUUGUUGUGGGAACUGAAGGGACAGAUAACUUUUACAGACUCCAGCUGAUAAGAGGACAGUCAGUGGUACCAGAACCAGGCUCACCUUUUACUGUGAAGGAAAUUGGUGACAUGGUGUACAUCACAACACCAUUUGGUGUCACUUUACAGUGGGAUAAAGGAACUAGGGUCUAUGUUCGCUUAUCUACAGAACACAUGGAUCAUGUGGAAGGUCUUUGUGGCAACUUUAACAAAGAUCAGACGGAUGACUUUGUGCCCAGACAGGGUGGACCCCCUCUGGUGUCUGCCACCAGCUUUGGUGACAGCUGGAAAAUGCAGACGUCUUGUGCCCCAUCCACAGACAUUACUGACACUUGCCUGAAAAGUCCACAGAGAAAAGCCUGGGCCCAACAGAAAUGUGCCGUCAUAAAAUCAGACCUCUUCGCACCAUGUCAUAACUUUGUUGACAUGACCAAAUUUGUGAGACGGUGUGAGUUUGAUACCUGCGGCUGCGACUUGGGUGGUGACUGUGAAUGUUUAUGUACUGCCAUAGCUGCCUAUGCCCAUGAAUGUGCUAUUAAUGGAAUCAGCAUCAAGUGGAGAAGUCAUGACCUAUGCCCAAUGCAAUGUGAAAGCUGUGAAGAGUUCAACCCAUGCAUCUCUUUAUGCCCCAAGAAAACUUGUGAUAACAGAUUGGUCUAUGGGGUCAUUGAAAAACAGUGUGAUGAUUUCAAGGGGAUUUGUUUUGAAGGAUGUGACCUACAUCCUUGUCCUCCUGGCCAGGUAUAUGACUCACUGGCUGAACCAGUUACCUGCAUACCUGAGACCCUGUGUGAAACCACUGCGUGUGACAUCAAUGGCAAAAAAUACAGGGAAGGUGAAAGAGUUGAAGAUACCAAGAUUUGCAGAACAGAGUGUGAAAUUUGCAUCUGUCGUGGUGGCUACCUUGACCACAUCACAUUUGGGAACUGUGAACCAAUUGAUCACAACACUCCCCCUCCAGUGAUAGUUCAAACCACUGCCCAACCAAACAUAGGCGAUUCAACUCCACACUUUAAUGUUGUCACAAACAAAGGUAUUUUCUUUCCUGGACGGCGAUGAACAGCCAUUUCACAGAUGAAAAAUUUGUUAACAUAUUUUUUUGUUGUUGUAUUUUGUUUAUCAUGAAAGCAAAAUUUCUGCUUAAAAUACUUUUUAAACCAGUAAAAAUACUUUUUUUAAACUAGCUAAUUCUUUUUGAAAAAAUCAUAUCUCUGAUUUUUAAUAAUCAUUUGUAAAAAAAAGUUUUUAAAUUAUUUAUCAUGGUAUUCCAUCACACAAUAAUUAAUUUUAAACUAAAAAAAAAUAUUAAAAUGACUUAAUGUGAUAAUUGUAGGGCCUAUAUAAAUGUGAACAAUAAGAUUAUAAGUUUAUUUGAUCUUUGUUUUCAGAUUUAUAACCCAUUUACUUCUAUGCUUAUGUAUCGCUGUAUGAAAUAUUGCUUCAUGAUAAUGUUGAUCUAAUUAUAUACUUUUUAAAAAUCACAAUACAUUUUUUACACAUAUUUUUAUGUUUAUAAUCUAUAUUCAGAUAAAUAAAAAAGCAAUAUACUUGCAGAA